GCACCCACUGGCCACCUUUUUUCACCUGUUUUUCCGAGUGAGCGCUAUUAUUACCUACUUGUUCUGCGACUGGUUCAGCAACAGCUUUGUCGCCUGUUUUGUCACUAUUCUCCUCCUCCUGUCCUUUGACUUCUGGUCAGUUAAGAACGUGACAGGAAGGCUCUUGGUUGGCUUGCGCUGGUGGAACCAGAUUGAUGAAGAUGGAAAAAGCCACUGGGUGUUUGAAGCAAAGCCGAUGCCUACGAGAGCUGCCUCAACGGAAGCUGAAGCUCGAAUCUUUUGGCUUGGUCUCAUUGUGUGUCCAGUUAUUUGGACAGUGUUUUUCUUUAGCUCCUUGUUCUCCUUGAAGCUGAAGUGGCUGGCUCUCGUGAUCACUGGGAUCUCCCUUCAGACCGCUAAUCUCUACGGAUACAUCCACUGCAAACUAGGGGGACAGAAAAGCCUCAGCAGAGGAUCUUCGAGGUUUUCUGUCACAGCAGAUGUUCCAAAGCCUAAGUAG